AUGCUGUCUGCCAAGAAGACUGAGAUCUAUCCACGAAGGAGAAGAGGAGAAGAAAAGUGCAGCCGCGAGCCGCUGUCUCUGGAUGAAGAACAGAUCACCAAGCUGUUCUGCUUUCGGCAGACGGAGGCAGCAGACUUUUUGGGGAUCUCCCUAACGGCAUUGAAGAAUGCCUGCCGCCGGAUCGGCAUGCAAAAGUGGCCAUAUUCUAGAAACCGAAUCAAGUUUACGUGCGAUUCCGAGCAGGGAAAGCUGCUUAAGAGCAAGGUCACAGGAUCCGAGAUCUCCUUUGCAGCAUGCUGCACCGGGGAGGCGCUCUACGAUGACCCAGACUGCCUUGCGGACCCGUCUGCCUCCCUCGAGCUCGACCCGAUCGAGAUCAAGAUGCCGAAGCGCGUCUGGUACGAUGAGGAUCUCUUCCAAGAGGCCUUCGCCCAUGUCGUCAAGAAAUAG